AUGGUGGUGGCAAGGACGGUGGUGGAAGUAGAGGGGGCAGUGGUGGUGACAAAGGAGACGAUGGUGGGAGGUGGCGUCUAUCAUUGGUCUGAAACCGCCUUUAUUGCAGAUAUUGUUCAGAAAGUUUACUGUGAACUAGAUUUGAAACUCCUUAGUACUCCAACGGAUCUAACUGGAAUAGAGACUCGAGCAAAAGGUAUUAAUUCCUGGUUGAAAUAUAAGCAGCCUAGUUCUCCGGUUCUAGCAAUUUGCGGUAUGGGAGGAAGUGGCAAGACAACGCUUGCCAAAUACAUUUAUAACUCCAACAAGGAAAACUUUGAAUGCAGCAGUUUUCUUGAAGGGAUUGAGAAUCAACCUGCUGUAUUGCUUGGUUUACAGAAACAACUUCUCAGUGAUGUUUCAGGAAAUAACAUAAUGAUAUCUAAUGUUUCUGAAGGAACAUUUCAGAUCGAAAAGGUUAUCGAAAAAAAAAGGGUGCUUAUUGUUAUUGAUGACAUCGAUGACAAAGAUACAUUAAACACUUUAGUUGGAACAAAGGUUUUACAUACACAAGGUAAAAUCAUUAUAACAACAAGGCAUCUAAGCAUACAUACAUGGUUUGGGUCCAUAUCUAUUGGCUGCCAUGUCAACAAAAUCGAAUUGUUAAAUGAUCAUGAAUCAUUGGAACUUUUAAGUUAUCAUGCCUUUGGAUCUAAAGUUCCUAUGGAAGGUUUUGAGGAGCUUGCAAUACAGUUAGCAAAAUAUUGUGAAGGGAAUCCGCUAGCUCUCAAGGUAUUGGGUUCUUCUCUAUCUGAAGGUCAGGGGACAAGAAUUGAAACGUGGAGAAGUACUAGGAAUUCACUGAAUUCCUUGAAAGGAGAUAUUAAUAUUAAAAUCCAAGGUGUACUACAAAAGAGUUUUGAUACCUUGCCAUGUGAGAGUCACUGA